AUGGAGUCAUCAGAGGACCCCAUCAUCCAAGUCAAAGAUGAACAACUCAUGGUUUCACCAUUAUCCGGUGAAAACCCAGUUCACAGAACUGCUUAUUUCAUCAAACCUUGCGUGGAAGACUCGGCAACUCUUCCUCAUUCCAUGUUCUCUUCUGGAAGAACAGCCACUGUCAAUUCGGACCACGCGAAGUUGCUUGAAGUAAGAUACAAAGGGUGGCAUUACCCAAGUGCAGAAUGGAAUACAUGGGUCCAACAAAUGCAACACAAGUAUGAAUGUGUGUGGAUGAAAGCUGGGAUAGACCAGGCAAUCAAAGCUUCAACUUUUCAAAUCCGUAGGAAUGAUGAGUUGAUCAUUGAGCUUGCACAAAGAUGGUGUUCUAAGACCAACACGUUUGUGUUUCCUUGGGGAGAAGCAACGAUAACAUUGGAGGAUAUGAAAGUUUGUUGGGGUUACUCUGUUAUGGGAGCUCCUAUUUCUAGCCCUCUUGUGAGUGGUGAGGAAAGGGAAAUAGAACAAAAACUUAUAGGAGUUUUUAGGAUGUUUUUCAAAUCUAAGGCCAGAAGGGCGGAUCAUACUCCAUGGAUGAAGCAUUUCAUGAGUAACGAGAGCCGAGUGGAGCAUGAGGCGUUCUUGUCUUUGUGGUUGUCGAGGUUUGUUUUCCCUGGUAGAUCAUAUACAACCAUUUUGAAAAGCACUUUUCCUAUUGCCAUACAUUUAGCAAGAGGGCUUAAACUAGCACUUGCUCCUGCUGUCUUGGCCAGCAUCUACAGGGAUUUGAGUUUGCUAAAUAACAAAAUCAGAAUUGUCGCAACAGUGGAGUUGGAAGUUACUCUGUGGGCUCCUUUUCAGUUGGUUCAAGUAUGGGCAUUGGAGAGAUUUCCAGCUCUGCAGCCGCUCCCCGAUGUAAUUGAGCAAGGCCAACUCUUGAUGACUAAAUGGCACGCCGUGAAAAUGCUGAAAGGAGACAACUUGAAACUGAUUUUGGACUCUGUUGGAGCUGAAAACGGCUUCAUUUGGCACCCUUAUGAGAAUUCUCCAGCUCUUCAGCUUUACAAUGAAAAUGACAUGUGGGUAUGCGAUAAUCCCAAUUUUGAUGAUGAAUUAGAAUCCUUUGCUCGCUGCUUGAGAGUCUCGGAGUUGGUGGGUAUGGAGUGUAUAGAACAGUACUUGCCAAAUCGUGUUGCUAUGCAAUUCGGAAUGGAUCAGGACAUUCCUGGUAUGUUAGCACAUUACAAUGACAAUCCUUGGAUAAAGAGUGGAGGAUCCUAUGGCCCACCACCUGGUUUUACUUCCAAGAUUAAUGCAAAACAAGAAAAAGAUUUUGAUGAAGAGGGAAAGUUGUCAAUUAUUGAAUUAUCCGAUUCUUCUAAUGAAGUUAGAUGUCUUGGUGAUGAAGAAGUUGGAAAUGGCAAGGCUUUGUCUAGUCCUCCAUCUGAUGUUUUUCCAUCAGCAAGUGUUGAAGGAGCAAGAACUGUCAAGGACAAUGGGAACGAAGUUAAAAUUGAGCAUUCAUUUUGUGAUAGAAAUGAUGUUAAUGACAAGGAAGGGGAAGAUGCCAGCCAUCGUAUAGCAAACAUAGCUUCUAAUCUUGAAAGCAGGAUCUGGAAGCUUGAAAGAGUGAUUGCUAAGCUUAAAGCAGCAAAAUUUGGCCAUAAAGUUCAAAAUAUUGGAGUCAAAGCAGAGCCAUAG